CGAGCAUGUUCCCCACGCGCAUUCGAUGCAGUCUGCAGCUGGUGUUACAUCCUCUAGUUCUUCCCGUACACUUUCAUUGGCCGAAAAGCAAAAAUAUAUUGAGGAAUAUGAUUUCCCAUACUGUGAUGAAUCGUCCAAAUAUGAAAAGGUAGCGAAAAUUGGUCAGGGCACAUUUGGGGAAGUAUUCAAGGCGCGCGAGAAGAAAAGUAAUAAAAAAUUCGUAGCUAUGAAGAAGGUGCUAAUGGACAACGAAAAAGAAGGCUUUCCUAUUACUGCGUUGCGUGAAAUUCGAAUACUGCAGCUAUUAAAACAUGAAAAUGUCGUAAAUCUCAUCGAGAUAUGUCGAACUAAAGCCACUGCAAGCAAUGGCCAUCGUUCAACAUUUUAUUUGGUCUUUGACUUUUGUGAACAUGAUUUGGCUGGGUUGUUGUCGAAUAUAAAUGUAAAAUUUAGCCUUGGUGAAAUCAAGAAGGUUAUGCAGCAACUGCUAAAUGGGCUAUAUUACAUACAUAGCAACAAGAUUCUGCAUCGUGACAUGAAAGCUGCAAAUGUGCUUAUUACCAAGCAUGGUGUGCUAAAACUUGCAGAUUUUGGUUUAGCGCGUGCAUUUAGUAUACCAAAGAACGAUAUCAAAAAUCGUUAUACGAAUAGGGUCGUUACCUUGUGGUACCGACCACCUGAAUUACUACUAGGGGACCGAAAUUAUGGUCCACCUGUAGACAUGUGGGGUGCGGGAUGUAUUAUGGCUGAGAUGUGGACGCGAUCACCCAUUAUGCAGGGCAAUACAGAGCAGCAGCAACUUACGUUUAUCUCUCAGUUAUGUGGAUCGUUCACUCCCGAUGUGUGGCCCGGUGUGGAAGAACUAGAGUUGUAUAAGUCUGCAGAGUUACCGAAAAAUCAGAAACGUCGAGUGAAGGAGCGUUUGCGUCCUUAUGUAAAGGACCCUAAUGGCUGUGAUCUAUUAGAUAAGUUGUUAACACUUGAUCCAAAGAAACGUAUAGAUGCAGACACGGCGUUAAAUCAUGAUUUCUUUUGGACAGAUCCUAUGCCUAGUGAUUUGAGUAAAAUGCUCUCACAGCAUUCUCAAAGUAUGUUUGAGUAUUUAGCUCAGCCGCGACGGAGUAAUCAAAUGCGCAAUUACCAUCAACAAAUGGCGACAAUGAAUCAAAAACCACAGGAUAAUAGCUUAAUAGACCGAGUUUGGUAGUUCCUACAAUUGUUGCGAUCUGCAUCUAUUCGUUGGUAGCCGAAUUUAAGUAAUGCAUAUUCGAUUCCCAUACAUUGGCUGUCGUUCAACAUUGCAUUCGUAUUUACCAAUUUUUCAAACUUCAUUGCAACUCACCAUUUGUGUAAAUGUUUAAUUAUAGGUUCGUAUAUUUAAAUUUAAAUGAAAACUAGGAAGUGUAUUUGAAUUUAAGGCUGAAGCCGCAGUGUUUGCGCAAAUAAACUUCGUUUAUAUUUCUA